CGCGCACCUGUCCCGCGCGCACCCGCACGACCAGCUGCACUUGACUCGCACCUGGCUACACCUGCCCUCGUGCGCCCCGCACUGCCAGUUUACACAUGCCCCGCAUACACCCCCACGACCAGCCCACACAUUCCCGCGCGCACCUGCCCUCACGCAGUCCCACAGCCAGCUGUGUAUGGCACGCUUGUGCUCUGCAAAACCAGUCCACACCUGUCACGCACGCACCUACCCCGCGUGUGCACCUGCCCAGAUGGACCCCACACGAGCAGUCCACAUGUGUCCUGCGCGCCUACUUUGCACCUGCCACGCACCCACCUUGUGAGACCAGCCCACCCACCCUUCCUAAGCACCUCCUCACACCUACCUUGUGUACCCUAUCGUCCGUGCACACAUGACCAUGUGACCAGCCUGGCCUUCCCCUGCAUGCACAUCUGCUCCCCGAACCCUUUUUCCUUAUGCUAGUCCACCUCUUCUGUACAGCACUCUGCAUUCUUUCUGGAACCUUCUCGGCACCUGCUGCUUGCCCUGCUUAUCUUCCCCGUCUGUCCUGGGUGCUUGUGACACGCGGGGGCAGAGGUCAGACAUGGAUCCUGUCCUAGAGUAGUAGCCCAAGGGUGGGCAUGUCUGGUCCCCUGAAUUCUAAGGGCCUGCAAAGGGGUGACCUGAGGGCUGGGGAACGAGACAAUGGUCACCCACCCUGGGAAGGCCAAUGGCUUUCUGGGGCAUUGACACCAGAGGUCAGCUGCCCGUCUGUCUCCCACAUGUCCCCUCCUUUCCACUACGGAUCUUCCCUUUUUCCAGUGGCAUUCUCAUCAGGCCCCCUUCCCAGAGGAAAGCCAGUACGAGCUGCUGGCCCACGUGUUGUUCCCUGCCACACAGACCAUUGUCAUUCUCAAGCUUGGUGACCCAUGGAGCUUCUGGCAGUAGUGCCCUUUAGGGUAGUCCCAGACCAUGCCCCAAAGUGGUGGAGACUUACCCUAGGGCGUACCCCUUCCCAAUGGGAGUGUGCCUGGUGGCCCUCAAGGACUCAGAGCUGAGUGUCAGAACCCUUGGAGAGUAACCUGUGGCUGCGUCACAUGUGAGGCGCUGUCCUGCUGGGGGCCGUCACAGCUUUCAGAACUGGACAGUAGCCUCUGGCCCCCACGUGCGGCCGCAUAUGUGCACGCGCAGAGAGGGCACAUGGCCACCUGUUUACGCGGCGUUCAUUCAGCCCCAGAGGUGGGGCGGGUGGGGCACACGCCUCUGGCGUGCCUUGGUCUGUUUGGGAUCCUCGGAAAAGCGAGGGAAGAUGGCUUCGCAGCCCUUAAAGUGUUCAGUUUCGUCACUAAACUCUGGUUUGACAUUGGGGUUUUGGACUGCGAAGAUUUUCCUCAGGUUUUUGUCCUUUUUGCACCUAUUUUUGAAUGCAGAAAUGUGACGUCAUUUGUCAUGACAUUAGAAAGGCACGUCGACAUUCUGUUUUCCUGCAAAAGUGUCUGGUUGCGUACUGCACGUGUUAGGGCAGCGAAGCGCUGUGCUGUCAAUGUCUGCGGCCGGUUUCCAGAGGUGACCACUGUGACGGUGGCCAACGUGGGCGCCUCGGCGGACAAUGUCUUCACGACGUCGGUGGCCAACGCUGCCUCGCUCUCGGGACACGUCCUGUCUGGUAGGACAGCCCUGCAGAUUGGGGACAGCCUGAACACCGAGAAAGCCACGCUGAUUGUCGUGCACACAGACGGAAGCAUCGUGGAGACCGCUGGGCUGAAGGGGCCGGCGGCCCCGCUCACCCCAGGUCCUCAGUCCCCCGCACCUCCUCUAGCUCCCGGCCAGGAGAAGGGCGGAGGCAAGUACAGCUGGGACCCGUCGGCUUACGACAGCGAGCUGCCCGUGCGCUGCCGCAACGUCAGCGGCACCCUGCACAAGAGCCGGCUGGGCUCAGGAGGCCGGGGCCGGUGCAUUAAGCAGGGGGACAACUGGUACAGCCCCACGGAGUUCGAAGCCAUGGCGGGGAGAGCCAGCAGCAAGGACUGGAAGAGGAGCAUCCGCUACGCUGGCCGGCCGCUGCAGUGCCUCAUCCAGGACGGGAUCCUGAACCCUCACGCUGCGUCCUGCACCUGUGCCGCCUGCUGUGACGACAUGAGCCUGAGCGGUCCAGUCCGGCUCUUCGUCCCCUACAAGCGACGCAAGAAGGAGAACGAGCUGCCCGCGGCUCCGGUGAAGAAGGAAGCCAGCAAGGGCAUCGCGCUGCUGCCAGCCACCGCCGCCACUGCCUUCACAGUGACGCCCUCGGGACAAAUUGCCACCUCUGGUGCACUGACCUUUGACCGGGCGUCCACUGUGGAGGCCACGGCCGUCAUCUCGGAGAGCCCGGCCCAGGGAGAUGUCUUCGCGGGAGCCACAGGAAGCCAGCGUGCAGCCCCCAUGCAGGGUCGGCCACGCGGAGCCCCACUACCCCGGCUACCAGGACGGCUGCCAGGUCGCGCCCUUUCCGGAAGCCGCUCUGCCAACAUCGCAUCCCAAAAUUGUGCUGACGCCGCUGCCGGCCCUGGCUGCCCCGCCCUCCAGCAAGCCCGCGUCCCCCGUAGUGGUCAACGGGCUAGAGAUGUCGGAGCAGCGGAACUGGCUGUACCUGGAGGAGAUGGUCAACUCGCUGCUCAGCACGGCCCAGCAGCUGAAGACGCUGUUCGAGCAGGCCAAGCAGGCCAGCUCCUACCGCGAAGCCGCCGCGGCCCAGGCCCGCACUCAGGCCGAUGCGGAGCGCAAGGAGCAGUCCUGUGCCAACUGCGGCCGGGAGGCCAUGAGCGAGUGCACCGGCUGCCACAAGGUCAACUACUGCUCCACCUUCUGCCAGCGCAAGUGACGCAUGGGGUGGACGAGCAGCAGGCGACGUGGUCACUGGCUGGCCCACACUGCCCACCACCUAGCUGUGCUGACACAGCCUCGCCCCAGCCAGGAACCGGCCACUUCGCAUGCUCAGUGGAGCCCUUGGGGUCCGGAUAUUGCCGGGAUGGGCAGGGUGACCGUGCAGCCCAGUGUGGGGUGCAGCCAGAGGAACCCCGGAGACCUGCCCGUGGCCUGGCCCGGACUGGAAGGACCACCAGCACGUGUGUGGUCGGUCAGCAGCCGUCACGGUGCAGGGGGACGAGGUCCACGUCGCCGAGAGUGUGAUAGAGAAGGUCGCUGUGUGAUGGCUCACCGGGUCCCUCUCUGCAGUGCUGCGGGGCUGUUGCAGGCCCAGGCCCCCCGAGGACUAUGGGGACAGCGAGAAGGUGAAGGAGCUUGCUGGCCAAGUUACAAACAGCCUUUAAGUGAC